CGCUAUAAACCAUUAACUCCACAGCACAUACAAAUUCAAGUAACCAGUCAGUGUUGUGUUUCUCUUUCCUUCGAGCAAUGGCCAUGCUGACGUGCAGCAAGAUUUUGACUAGUAUCGGUGCUCAGGCCCCUGCUUUAGGAGCCCUGCAGCUCCGUGCGAGUUCAUGGUGGUCGGAGGUACAGAUGGGACCCCCUGAUCCCAUUCUGGGGGUCACUGAGGCUUUCAAACGUGACACCAACCCCAAGAAGAUGAACCUUGGAGUAGGAGCCUAUCGAGAUGAUCAGGGCAAGCCUUAUGUCCUCAGCUGUGUCCGCAAGGCUGAGGCCCAGAUUGCAGCUAAGAAGUUGGAUAAAGAGUACCUUCCUAUUGGAGGUUUGGCAGACUUUUCGAAGGCCUGCGCUCAGCUGGCUCUUGGAUCUGAUAAUGAGGUCCUAAAGAGUGGAAGAAGCAUUACUGUCCAGACUAUCUCGGGAACCGGAUCUCUGCGUGUCGGGGCUAACUUUGUGUCUCGAUUUCACAACGCGGCCCUGGAUGUGUAUCUCCCAAAACCCUCCUGGGGAAACCACACGCCUAUCUUCCGGGAUGCAGGCAUACAGUUAAAGGCUUACACGUACUAUGACCCAAAAACCUGUGGCUUUGACUUCAAAGGAGCCUUGGAUGAUAUUUCAAAAAUCCCUGAGAAGAGUUUGAUUCUCCUGCACGCUUGCGCUCAUAAUCCCACAGGAGUGGAUCCGAAGCCCGAGCAGUGGAAAGAGAUGGCUGCUUUGAUCAAGAAAAGAAAUCUCCUGGUGUUUUUUGACAUGGCGUACCAGGGAUUUGCCAGCGGGGACAUUGAUCGUGAUGCCUGGGCUGUGCGUUAUUUCAUUGAACAAGGCCAUAACAUUAUUCUUUCUCAGUCUUUUGCUAAGAACAUGGGCCUGUAUGGUGAACGUGUAGGGGGGUUCACAGUGGUUUGUAAAGAUGCUGAAGAGGCCAACCGCGUGGAAUCGCAGCUGAAGAUUCUUAUACGACCCAUCUACUCCAACCCACCCAUGAAUGGAGCGCGCAUUGCCUCCACAAUUCUGAACACGCCUGAGCUGUACAAAGAAUGGCUUGAGGAGGUGAAAGGGAUGGCGAGCCGCAUCAUAAGGAUGAGAGAGAUGCUUGUGUCUAACCUUAAGAAUGAGGGGUCCACUCACAACUGGCAGCAUGUCAUUGAUCAGAUUGGCAUGUUUUGCUUCACAGGACUAAAACCGGAACAGGUGGAGCGUCUGAAUAAAGAAUUUUCUAUAUACAUGACGAAAGAUGGCCGUAUCUCUGUGGCUGGUGUGACCUCUGGAAAUGUGGGAUAUCUUGCCCAUUCCAUCCACGCUGUCACAAAGUAAUACCAGCACCUGAGGCUGUAGUGCCAGCAGACAGAGGGUUCAUUAGAAAUGCAUGAGCAAAAAGUAAUUUAUAUGAUUUAAUGUCCUCUGCUGCAUAUACUUUAGGACCAGAUGUGAAAUAGAGCUCAUGUAUACUGUUCACUUGAUUUGGCAUUAGUAAUGUUAAGUAAGACAGUCAAUGUGAGCCCCUUGAUGAACUAAAGCAAGAUUCUUGUUUUUAAAUUCCUUUCAAAAUGGAUAUUUAAAGAAUAUUGCUUACCACUCAUUUCAAAUAACGUAAAACUGAUAAAUGGUUUUAUAUGCUGAUAUCUCAGCUAACCUUAAUAAAUACAUGUUUUUGCACUUCAAGAAAAAUAACUUUGUAAACCAGACUAUUCAAACCUAACUUUGAAAAAUAACUUUGUAAACCAGACUAUUCAAACCAGUGUCACAUAAAUAAUGGAAGCACACUUUAGUAUUGUGCUCUAAUUUUGUCCUGGCUUAUGAAAUUAAACUAUAUUUAUAAGAUCAAAAAUUGUCAAUGAUUAUCUAUGGACAAAUUCCGAUUCGUUUUAGAAUUAAAAUCCCCUUUGACAAAAACUGUAAGUGAUAUUACAGUGAUAAAUAAUGCUUUAUGGAAAGCUUUUCAUGUUCAGUCGUAUGGGUGUUGAUGCAUCCCAAAAAUCUAUUGUCUGCUUAACUGGCCUACCUAAGGUUGUCAUCAACUUAUUAUUGGGUAUUAAUUCUGCUAAAACAGGUUUUGAUCAAGUUUCUCUUCUAGUUCACUGUUUGUUGUAAUUGAGUCUCAUUUAGCCUAAAACAAUGAUUUUGAAAAGCAGUUUGAAUAUAGAUAUAUUUGCAUUUUAUUCCUAAAGUAAAUAGGUUAUUACAUUUUUACCAGGACAAAUGUCAUCGGUAUCACUUUAUUUUACGAUGCCCUUGUUACAUAUAGUAAGUACAUGUAGUUAAUUUUUAUUAAUCAGUACUUGAAUGUAUAAUAACACAGCACUUUACAAUAACCUUGUCAUCUGUUUAAAAAGGAAAUCUUGCAUUUCAACAAUAAACCAACAAAGAUGUUU